AUGAGUCAAGAUUCAGAAGCAGGUGCCGAUAUCGGGAAAUCGCUCCCCAUGAUUCUUUUUCGACCGGGCAUGGACGUUGGCGAGCUGGAGGAUUGGCCGUUUGAAAAUCCCAAGUCGGACUACGUCGUUCAUACCAACGAGGGAGGCAAGACGCCAAGGGCGUCAGGUCGGAUUGACAGCUCCACUCCUACUUCUCGCGUGGGAAUAUGGAAAUGCACGCAAGGAAAGUUUGAGUGCACUGAACAAGGAGAUGAACUCAUGACAAUCUUGAGUGGUGUCGUCACAGUAACGAACAUUGGAUCUGGGCAAGCAGUGACAUUGAAAGAGGGAGAUUCAAUGUUCAGCAGGGAUGGUUCAAGGGUGUUGUGGGAUAUCCAAGAAGAUGUGACCAAAGUGUUCUACGGAAGCAAACCAGAUGGAUACUAA